AUGUCUUUCUUCGGCAAGCUCAAAGGAAACGCAGUGACGAGUCCGACCGCAGGCAGUGCGCCCCCAAAGAGAGAUGCCACCAUUCCGCAACCGACCCUACUAGACAAGCACAUUGCCGAUCUGGCUGGUCCUGUACGGCCGGAUGGUAGUGACAAGUUCUUUGGUUUUGAGAAUUAUGGAAGCACAUGUUAUGCCAACUCGAUCAUACAAUGUCUAUACUACUCGCCCACUUUCCGCGACAAUGUCCUCAACUUCCCUCCGCUUCCUCCUUCGCCCGAGCAGAACGAUUUGGAUCCAGACCGCAGCAUGAGCCUUCAGAACGGCCUGCCCGCUCCUGGGAACCACCUCCUGAGUCCUGCCACCAACAACUUCACAACCAACUCGCCUGCGAGGAGACCUAUCGUUCUACCAAACACUCCCGAAGCCCAGGUAACCAAGCCUGAUGAAAAGGACUCGCCAGAUCUCAAAAAAAAGCAGGCUAUGCAAUCUGGUCCUGUCUUGGAAAUGCAGACAAGCAACGCCAACGCAUACGGAAUGUCGGAAUCGCUGUUCACUUCGCUAAAGGAUAUAUUCGAGUCAAUCACAGGUCACCAGUCGCGUACCGGAAUCAUCAGUCCUCUCAAGUUUCUCGAGAUUUUGAGAAAGGAGAAUGAGAUGUUCCGUUCUGCCAUGCACCAGGAUGCUCACGAGUUUUUGAAUCUGCUGUUGAACCAGGUUGUCGACAAUGUCGAGAUGUACUCGAAGAUGCUGCCGGCUAUCAACGGUAGUCUCAACGGCGACGGCAGCGCAGAACCGAGCAUGGCAGGUGCCAUGUCUGCCAUGGCAAAAGCACAUAAUACAGCUGGUAUGAGUGGCGCCGGCUGGGUGCACGAUCUGUUCGAGGGUCUCCUCACUUCAGAAACACGUUGCCUCAGUUGCGAAAACACAUCACAAAGAGAUGAGGCUUUCAUGGAUCUUUCCGUCGAUCUUGAGGCACACUCGUCGGUGACGGCCUGUCUGCGCAAGUUUUCCGAAGAAGAGAUGUUGUGCGAACGGAACAAAUUCCACUGCGAUAAUUGUGGCGGCUUGCAAGAGGCUGAGAAGAGGAUGAAGAUCAAACGCCUACCAAAGAUUCUCGCUCUUCACUUGAAGCGUUUCAAAUACACCGAGGACUUACAGAGACUACAAAAGCUUUUUCAUCGAGUUGUAUACCCCUAUCAUUUGCGAUUAUUUAAUACCACCGACGACGCCGAAGACCCGGACCGACUGUACGAACUCUACGCCGUUGUUGUCCACAUUGGAGGUGGACCUUACCAUGGACACUACGUCUCUAUAAUCAAAACUCAGGACCGUGGGUGGCUUAUGUUUGACGACGAACUGGUCGAGCCUGUUGACAAGAGCUUCGUACGAAACUUCUUUGGUGGUGAGCCAAAACCAGGACUGCAGGAUGCCAGACAACUAGCCUGUGCUUAUGUGUUGUUUUACCAAGAGACAACUCUGGAAGCUAUGCAACGGGAACAGGAGGCCGAGGCAAAACAGGCUGCCGCUGCUGCUAAUAUGCCAAACAGGGAUUCAGUCUCGAGGGAAACUCAGGGUGGUUUGAUGAUCAACGGCCUUCGCAACACCCACACUAUGCAAUCACCGAUCGAAGAAGAGCCCAGUGCGUUUGCGAACCUCGCACACGCUUCUACUGCCCCGGCUCUGUCACAACAGAAAUCAACCUUUAGCAGUUUGUCAACGUCACCUUUCCUCGGUAAUGGUUUCGGAUCCUUGGACAAGAAGGCGGCAAAGCAAGCUGAGAAGGAGCGCAAGGCACAAGAAAAGGAGGCUCGCAAGCUUGCAGACAUCAAGAGGAAAGAGGCUGCAGAGGCAUCGAGAAAUGCGUGGAAGAAGCACAACGAUGACUACCUGGCCGUCCUCGAGCUUAGCAAGCAGACAGCGGCCGAAGAGGCGAGUCGCCAAGGGAACCCAGCCCCUGACAUGGCAGCACCACCCACGACGCCUGGAGUAGCAGGAGCAGCUGCAGCUGCGGCAGCCGACGGUAAAGAACGACCCGGGCUCAGCAGAUUCAGACACAGUUCGAUGAGUCUGCGACAGAAGCCAAAGUUCUGGACAUCAGGCAACAAGGAACCGGGCAGCCCGAUGCCGACGCAGCCAGAGGAAGCCAACACAGGUGGUGGUGGAGAGAAGGAGAUUAAGAAGAACCGAUUCAGUCUGAGCAGGAAGAAGUCGACGGCGCUCUGA